UAGAUAUAAAACCAGGCCGCGUACCCGCUUCUGUUCUCGAGAUGGUGUCAACAGAACCGAACAACAUGGGAUUCUUUUCACGCGACAAUAGCAGAAACGGCGGGAACACGCAUCCGCUCGAGCCUGCUUCUACGGCAGAGUACGACGGGUCUGUGACGACGAGUGGCGGUGCUCACCAGCAGCAGCAGCAGCAUUCGCCGCCAAAGUACGGAUCGACAGAUACCGACGCCGACCACGACGACAACUACGAGGACGAACACACACCCGACCACGCGAGGAACUCGGAGGACAGCGGGGAGGAGUCUGCGCCGCUGCUGAUUUCGGCGGAGGACCCGGCGGUGAACCCGUUGAAGCACUUCAAGAUCCGCACGCUGCGCCGGCUGUCGCUUUUGUUUCUCGUGUUUAGCGCGAUUAUGUAUUUCCUGUUUCUCGUCUCGAUGUUUUUCACGAUCCCGAAGCUUAAUACGCAUGGCGGGAACUACUACGUGAUGAUGAAUAUGCUUAUCGCGCUCGGCAACCUGGCGAUAUCGCUGCAGGUGUUUGCGAUUCCGACGAGGUCUGGACGGAUUAUCAAUUUUAUUAUGAUUGGGUUUUUGUUUCUCAGCUUUAUUUUGUCUGUGAGCGUCAACAAGCUUCGCCACUACGAGGGCAACGUGCUCGCGAUCCUGGUGAACCUGUGGGUGAUUUUCACCGCCGCGUGGGUGCUCCUGUGCAAUCUUGCCGUCGAGCGCACGCGCGUCUCGCUCGAGGAGAUCAUCUCUGGCCGGCGACAUGGCACUGGCUCGCGCGCGCAGCGGUCGUGUAAGAUGUGGGUCAGCCUGCUGUGGGCGCUUGUUGUGUUUUCGCUCAUUCUGGCGAUGGUCGUGCUCAUCACGCUCUCGCUCGCGGUGGACUCUUACGACUCGAGAAUCAGCCCGCCGGGGGAGUACGUCGAGGUCGAGGAUAAUCUCUACCGGAUCCACAUCUACUGCAACCGGCCGCAGCGGAACGUGAACGAGACGACGCCGGAGCCCACGAUCUUGCUUGAGGCGGGGUCGACCUCGGCCGAGGUGUUUGCGCGCGAGUGGGCGGAAAGGGAAGUCAACGACGGCGGGUCGACUAUCUCCGACAUGCGCUACUGCUACUGGGAUCGUCCGGGCAUCGCGUUUUCCGACAACGCGCCGUCGCCGAUGUCGGCCGGAAUGGCGAUCGAUGCGCUCUCGGACGGGUUGAACCAGAUCGGCGAGCGCGGGCCGUGGAUCCUGGUGUCUCAUGGUGUCGGGGGGAUAUACUCCCGUAUCUUUGCCUCUCGGCACGCAGGUGAUCUCUACGGGCUCGUGCUGGUCGACACGUACAACACCGAGUACUUCACCGACAACGUCGGCAGGUCCAGCCGCGGAUUUGGAUACUGGCUGCACGGCCUUGUCUCGCCUCUCGGGAUCGACAAGCAGAUCGGCUGGAUCUUUGGCGGGCGCACGUCCGAGGACCGGAUUUUCGGGCGCUCGCAGUCGACGAGCGGGAAAUACAACCUGGCCAAGUUCCAGGAACAAGUAGCCGCGCGCACGUUCACCAAGAACGAGAUCCUGGCGGCGUCGGAGAUCUUGCCGGAGAUGACGCCGAUCGCGGUGAUUAGCUCGCAGCAGAUGAUUGAGGAUAAGGCCGGAUGGGCGGAUUACCAGCGCGAGCUGUCGCAGCUGUCGAAUAAUCUGGUGACGUGGGAGAUUGUGGAGGCGCCGCAUGAGGUCUGGAGGGAUGAUGAGGGCCGACGGACGAUUUCGAGGGCGGUUGCGGAUUUGCGGGUGAUGACGGGCAUGGUUGCUGAUGUGGAGAUGUAGUUUAUCGCUCUCUAUUCUGUAUUUGUUUGUUUUUAUUUUGUAUUUGUUUUGUCGCUUUUGGAUAGGUAUUUGGGGGCAGGGCGCAGGAGCUGUUUGCAAUAGUUGAAAAUGAUAAUGAGAUUGUGCUGACAUAAGACAUCUCACAACAGUAGCACUCAAAACGCCGCACGAUUGUGAUUCAAUGUGACUCCGACGAGCAGAGGCGCCUUAUCAGCACGCCUUCGAGAACCAGGUUCGAGGCAGGAU